AUGGAAUAUCAGAAAGCCUGUAGCAUAACAUUGGCCGAAGGACUCGAUCUCGAGCUGGUCAAGAUCUGGGAUCCGGCGACCGGCCAGUGCGUGCCGACGCUCGAGGGCCAUAGCUGCUCGGUCAGCUCCGUGGCUUGGUCGCCCGAUGCGACGCGGCUGGCGUCGGCGUCCUACGACAAGACCGUCAAGAUUUGGGAUCCGGCGACCAGCCAGUGCGUGUCGAUGGUCGAGUUUGGCGGAGUCUAUGAUCUCCACUUUCAUGAAUCUAACUCGAACCUUUUGCAUACUAAUCCUGGCACAUUCGACAUACGAACUCCCACAAUUUCUACAGUUUUAGGCUUUGCUUCUGCUGAUUGUUCAUCACCGAUCGCUAUGGGUUAUGGCUUGAGCAGCAAUGGUGCCUGGAUUACGUAUAAAGGAGAAAACCUGCUGUGGCUGCCGCCUGAGUAUCGGCCAUCAUCUUCUGCUAUAUCUGGAACGACUGUGUCAAUUGGCUGUUCUUCAGGCCGCAUUUUAGUCUUCAUGUUCACAGACAGCAGUUCGAUUCAGUAG